GAAUUCAAAAUGGCGCCCUGUCAAUGACAGUAGUGACACUGGUACGCUUAAUAUUGUGGAUAUUGAAGUGCGUCUUAAGCUCUCGACAGAAUGACACUACUAAUUAGAGUAUCGAAACAAGUACAGAGGAAAUCUUUCCAAAAUCCCCUACUGUGUAGGUUUUUAUCGGAGAGCUCGGCUUUACGAAAAGGCCCUGAGAGCAAAGAGGAGUGUAAAUGGUUGUUUGGAUCGUCUGAGGAAAUUUUAUCCGCAGUGCGUGGGCAUGUUGAAGUUAGACAGAAUUUCAUCAGCGAGGAAGAGGAGAAUGCCCUUUUUAAAGAAGUAGAGACAGGACUUAGAAAAAAGCGAUAUGAAUUUGACCACUGGGACGAUGCUAUUCACGGCUACAGAGAAACAGAGCGCCUGCAGUGGGGAGUUACGUGUGACAGUAUCUUAAGGCGAGUAAGAGCGGUUGCAUUUCCUGAAGGCAGUCCAUUGCUUGGGCCAGUUCAUGUUCUGGACCUGGACAAAGAGGGUUAUAUCAAACCCCAUAUUGACAGUGUAAAGUUCUGUGGAACCACUAUUGCAGGACUGAGCCUGUUGUCCGAUAGUAUUAUGCGACUGGUCCCAGAAAACAAAUCCAAAGAUUGGGUGGACUUGCUCCUGAGUCGGCGCUCACUUUAUAUAUUAAGGGAUGAUGCUCGAUUUAAAUUCACCCAUGAAAUCCUAAAAGAUGAAGAAUCCUUUUUCUCAGGACAGAAGGUUCCACGUCAUCGCCGCAUUUCUGUGAUCUGUCGAAACCUGCCCGUUUAAAAGAACUGGGACUGGACUGACCUUUAUUAUCUUGCGAACGUGGUGACUUUUUCACAUUACUACUGGUCUAGAAUUGUUCAUCUUUCAGACACUCAAACACAGAGGUAGCUAAAAAUCAGAUGCAUAACCACAAAGAAACAACUGUUAACAUUUAGAUAACAUUUAUCUCAAUGAGAUGUGUUACAAAUACCUGUUGUGGAUACAUGAAGGGGAAAGAUUUGAUUUAUGCAAUGUAUAAUGUAAGUGGGGUGAGGAAAAAGGAUAAAAACAGUCACUGGAACUGCUUCUAUUAAUAAAUAUUUUUUGCUAUCCACCAUUGUGGCUUUCUGCUUAAACAGUAUGCGUUUAAAACAAAUGAACAAAAACCCUGGUUUUCAUUUCUGAACAAAUUUAAUGUACUACCAAAAAAGAAAUCUCCUGCAAAAGUUGUACCUUUUACAGCUUUUCAACAGUGCAAUGCUGUUAAACCAGUUAAAAAAAAAAAAAAAAAACACA